AUGAAACACAUUCAACGAGGUGUUUGUAAAAAGCUAGCAUAUGUAUAUUUUGGUGAAUUUGGUGAUCAGAAUGUGAGAGUUGCAUUGAUGAAAUGUGGACAAGGACCGGCUGAGGCUCUGAUAGCAGUGAAAAAUGCCGCUGAAAUGUUAUACCCAAAAGUAGUCCUUUUUGUCGGGAUCUGUGCAAGCAUGAAACCGGGAAAAGCAAAACUUGGCGAUGUCAUAGUUUCUGCCAAAUUGGCGACUUAUGAUGAUAAGAAAGUCAUGGCAGAUGGCACAGUGGAGUAUCGCGGCAGUAAACCGGACGUUAGUACAAGUAUGGCUCAUUUUAUUCUUUAUGCAUCUGAUGGUUGGAAAGCACCGUUAAAAGACCCGAAGUUUAGGCGUCAAAGUUCACCAUGACGCUGUGAUGUUAAGUGGCUCGGAUUUAGUUAAUAAUCGUGCAAGACGAGAAGAGUUAGCGGAUUAUUUCCAAGAUGCACUUGGUCUUGAAAUGGAGGGUGCAGGUAGGUAGAAGCCUCUCACAUCAUCCAAGCGCUCCACACCGACAAGGCUUCAAACCGGGUGUAGGCCUAUAAAUUUGUACCAACAUUGAUGGCCAUUACUACGAAAUGGGUUAGCAUUUCGUCUAUGACAGGAAACACGUCUGAACUUCUGUUUAUAAUUUUUAGGUCUAUAUGCAGCAGCACGUGAUCUUGGCAUAGAAUGGGCUGUUGUCAAAGCAGUAUCGCAUUUUGCUGACGGAAGUAAUGAGGAAACAGAACAUUGGCAGCCAUUUGCCAGCGCAAUGGCGGCAUCUGUUGUAUAUAGUAUGUUCAAAUAUUCUGUUGUGUUAGAAGACUGGCAUCACUACAAACCAAGCGACGUGGGAGGUAUAGUUAAAUACAAUUUUGAAAUUAUCUUACCUUCAAAUUUGGAAAAACGUUAAUGCAAAUUUGGAAUUAUUUUAAAUAUAAUUUAUAUACAUCGUUAAAUUUCCGUCUUUUAGCCAUCCCCACAACUUCACGUAAUGACACAAAAACCGGUCAGCCCGGAUCAGUUAAGUAUCAUUACGAAUAA